AUGUCGACGGAGAAGCAAGUCAACGUCGCCGACGGCCAGGAAGUUCAGCUUGCCGACUCGGAGCGCAGAAAAGAAGACUUUGCCAUUGAGCAUCAUCGCCACCAUGAUGUCGAGAUCCUCAACAAGGACUACGAGGGCAAACCUACCGACGAGGAGAUGGAGACUCUUCGCCGCGUCCCGGGAGCCCUGCCCGCCACCGCAUACCUCCUUUGCGCAGUAGAGUUCUGCGAAAGAGCUUCCUACUACGGCUGUGCCCUGGUUUGGACCAACUACAUCAACCGUCCCCUUCCCGUUGGCGGCAAUGGCCUCGGCGCCGUCGCCAAGGGCAGCCAGGCCACUCAGGGCGCUCUGGGUCUCGGUGAACAGGUUGCCAACGCCACGGGUCAAUCCUUUAACCUCCUUGCCUACUGCUUGCCCCUCCUUGUCGGAUACCUGGCCGAUACCAGAUUCGGUCGCUACCCCAUGAUUUUCUGGGGCAUCAUGCUCUGCGGUCUUGGCCAUGUCCUCAUCAUUGCUGGUGGUGCCAGGGCGCUGCUGGAAAACGGCAACGCCAAGAUUCCCUUCUUCAUCGGUGUCUACAUCCUUGCUAUCGGUGCUGCCAUGUUCAAGCCCAACGUCACCCCUCUACUUCUCGAUCAGAUGAGGAACCACGUGCCCAAAGUCGUUACGCUCAAGAGCGGCGAGCGUGUCAUUGAGGACCCCGAGCAUACUGCUGAGCGCGCCAUGCUGUGGUUCUACCUCCUCAUCAACAUUGGUGGCUUCAUGUCCACUGCCACAUCCUACUCGGCCAGAUUGGUCGGCUGGUGGCUGGCCUUUACCCUGCCUCUGAUCCUCUACCUUCCUCUGCCCUUGCUUCUGCUGUGGCUCAAGCCCCGCCUCGUUAUGCACAAGCCCGGUGGCUCUGAUCUCGUCAACGUCUUCCGCGUUGUCGGCCACUGCAUGGCCAACGGCGGCCUCUUCCGUAUCGGCAAGACUGGCUGGUGGGAUGCUGCCAGGCCUUCCGUCAUUGCUGCUCGUGGUGGCUCCGAGACCCGUUACAACGAAGCCUUUGUUGAGGAUGUCAAGCGCACCAUGCAGGCUACCGGCAUGUUCUGCUUCUUCCCGGUCCAGUUCUGGAAUGACAAUGGCCUGGGCAAUUCUGCCAACUACCUCGGUACCAUGCUGCGUGGCAACGGUGUCCCCAACGAUGUCAUUGGCAAUUUUAACACCCUGAGCAUCAUCGUUCUCGGCCCUAUCCUCAACUACGGCCUGUACCCUCUUCUUCGUUCUCGCCGCAUUCAUUACGGCCCCAUUGCCCGCAUCACAACCGGUUUCUUCCUCAGCACUCUUGGCGGUGUUGGCUAUGCCCUCCUCUGCUGGAAAGCAUACGAGACCAACCCUUGCGGUUACUACGGCUCCUCGGACCCGCGCUGCGUCGACGGCGGUCUUGUGUCCCCCAUCUCUCUCUGGUGGGAGGCCAUUCCGUACGCCCUUGGUGGUUUCUCCGAACUCUUUAUCAACGUUCCCGCGUAUGGCAUUGCCUACUCGCGUGCUCCCGUCAACAUGCGUGGUCUCGUUUCCUCAAUCAACCUGUUCAACACUGGCUUUGCCUACAUCAUCAACCUGGCCACCUCGGCUGCCAUUGCUGAUCCCCAUCUGAUCUGGGUCUUUGCCGGCCCUGCCAUUCUCGGCGCCAUUGUCACUGUCGGCUUCUGGUUCCUCUUCAAGCACAUUGACAAGGAGGAGUAUGUCCUGUCCACCAACCAAGUCAGCGAGGCUACUGGCACGCGCGACUACUUUGAUGAGAACGACCUGAACGAGACUGGCAAUCGCCCGGCUUCCAUCACUGCCAAUGAGCAGACUGGAAUCUCGCAGAAGAUUUGA